GUAAAUAGUAAAAAACAAUGUAUCAAGGUUUUGGGCAGUUGCGCGAUCUACCCUUUUUUAUUUCUGUGACUCGAUCAGAUAAAUGAAGGAACACUGAAAUCAUUUGGGAUAAAUAGGUUUGUUCACGUGGUUCACAUGUAGGUUGUUCCCCGACAAAGAACAUGCAAAGCACUGCAAAUCGGAUUCCUGUGUUCACUUAUACGAAAAUGCAUGUCAACCCACCCAUAACUAGUAUAACUGAACAGUGUUGGUGGGCUGAGUCAAGUAAUGUCCCACACCAUGUAAAUGAAUACAAUAAAAGGAGGCUUAAAAAUAAUUUCAAAAGACCAAAGACUUGUAAAACAGACCACAGCAGAAAUAUCAGAGUUACUAAACAACGCCCAAAAACUGCUUCACACAAGCCCAACACAGCAACAAUGAAAGUAACCGGUGAAAAAUACAUCAGUCAUCCAGAUAAAACAAACACAACUUCAGCUGAUGUUUCAGUACCUUCAACAUCAAGCCAUAGCCGGUCUUCUACCCCUGACCAUUUGCUAAUGCAUGAGGUGUAUGACACAUAUUCACACUCUUUUACACAUGCCCCUCUAUUGCUGCGACGACCAGUAUCAAGAAUGUCAAAUUUUGAUCAUGAUCAACUUUCUUGUCAAGGUGAUUUCAGGCAAUCUGCAAUGGAAUUUUUACUUCAAAAACUUGAACUUGAGGCAGAAACGGUGACACCUGUAACUGUUGAAUGUCCAACUCCAACAAAACAACGGGUUGCUAUCGAUAUAACUCUUUGUGAUAGCACGGGCUCCUUAUUGUGCAACAGAUCAGUAAAUCAUGGGCUAAAAGAACCUAUUGAAGAGGACACGCAGAUAGAAUAUGUGAUGCAAUGCAAAGCAGAUGCAAGAAGUUUGUUUCUUUCACCAAAAAAGGAAGAUGAAUUACCAAGGUCCAAAAGCAAGUUUAAAAAGAGGCAACAGAAGCCAUCCAAACGAAAGUCUGCAAUCAAGAAGAGGAUUGAACCACAAAAAAAAUCUGUUGAAUAUGAAACCACUGAGAGUUAUGUUUCUACCCAAUGCAUUAAUGACUGUAUCAUACAAGAAAAAAGGUAUAAAGACCCAGAAGAGAUCGUCACACAGAUGUCUCAUCUAGGAUUAAAUCAACCACUGGAAGAGAGUGAUUUAGGAAGUUUAUUGCGUCAAAAAUCUUGUCCAAAUUUCAAGCUGACGAGCAAAGAAUUGGAUGAACCAACUCCUAAAAAAUCUGGUUUAAAAGAUGAAGAGAAAGAAUUAAGCUUGAAGCAGAAGGGAAAAAGAAUUCCCAUUCAAAUUAUUUCCGAUCCUUUCAAAUGCAUUGGUGAAAAAAGUAUUGGAAAAUUGGAAAAGAUUGAAAAAAAGAAGCGGCCACAUUCUUGUAUGCCUCGUCCUAACAGUACAUGGUGUGGCUUCAGUGAUGGAAGAAUGUCUUCAAUUGCAUAAAUGUAUGCAGAGGAUUCUGACACCGCAAUCGAAUUACACAUAGACAUUUUUGUCAUCAGCAAAUGCGGAGUUAUGUUGUUUUUUAAAUCCUUCAAUAUAAUAUGUUUAAUAAAUCAUUUUUUAUAUCUUGCCCUAGAUUUAUUUGCUGCUCUGUUGUUUUCUGUGUGGGCAACUUUUUUUUACCUACUGUACUUAUCAUUGGUUAGUGGGCAAGCAUUUUAUAAUAUUUAGUAUUUACUAUUCAUAUUGUUAUGUGUAUACUGGUACCAAUUGCAUGGUAUUUUCAAACAGGCAGUUGUGAUGGUUAAACAUAUAAAUCCUGCCGGUUAUUUCAAACUAAAUUCUAGAUUGGAAUGUGAUAUAGAAAUGUAUUAGGCUAUUUAUUUUACCCAUUUUGUGUUUGUUUUGUUUCAACCAGCGUUUGUUUUUAUACAUACGCCAUCAUUGUUUCCAGUGUUUAAUAAACAUCCUGUAAAAGAGAAAUUAAGCCACCUAGUAACAUGGGUCCUUGACACAUUUAUUUAUUCUUCUUGUCUUUCUUCAUUUUGCACAAUUUUGUUUCUUGCCUGAUGUAAGUUCAUACAAUUUUUAACGAUUCAUUAACAUUUUGUAAUAGUUAAGUGGUUUUUAUCUACAGUUCAUUUUAUAUAUAGUUUUACCGCACACAGAGUGUGAAAUGUUCCUGCGUUCUGUUAUUGUUAGCAUUUUAUAAUAUGACAAAGGUUUUACAUCAUUUAAAAUAUUAAAAAUCUGUUCAAAUUGA